GUUGCUGGGCUCUUCCUCGAAUUGGCCAAUGAGAAGCGCACGAGUCCUGGUCGCCUGGGAAACCGCAUGACAACAAGAUGGCGGCGCCGCGGGACGGCUGGCUGGCCUUGCGAGGGAGUUCCUGACAGCUAGAAUCUAGAAGUAGAACUAUGAGCUCACCUUUGGCCUCCCUUAGCAAGACCAGGAAAGUGCCCCUGCAGCCAGAGCCUGUGAAUCCUGGGAGGCGAGGGAUAAGAAUCUACAGAGAUGAAGAUGAGGUGGAUAUGCUGAAUGGAGGACAUGGCUCGGAAGAAAGGAUCUCUGUCCCCUCCUGCUAUGGCCAAACCGGUGCCCCUGUGAGCAGGCAAGGGGACUCAUUGGUGACCCCUGAGGUGGACUUCGACAGGCUCCUGGACAGCCUGCAGGAUCUCAGUGAGCUGGUGGCAGAGGGUGACACCCAGGUGAUGCCAGUGCCUGGCGGGGCACGGCUCCGCGUUCUGGAGCCCAUUCCACUGAAGCUCUACCGGAAUGGCAUCAUGAUGUUCGAUGGGCCCUUCCGGCCCUUUCAUGACCCCUCCACACAGCGCUGCCUCCGAGACAUACUGGAUGGCUUUUUCCCUUCAGAGCUCCAGCGACUGUACCCCGAUGGGGUUCCCUUUAAGGUGAGUGACCUGCGCAAUCAGGUUUACCUGGAGGAUGGGCUGGACCCGUUCCUAGGCGAGGGCCGCGUGGUGGGCCGGCACAGGUUACGCAAGGCCUCGGACGGGGUGAAGGAACACCCAGGCUCCGGAAUGACCGCCGAGAAAUUUCUGAAUAGGCUCCCCAAGGUUGUGAUCCGACACGGUGAGGUGAUUGACAUCCGGGGCCCCAUCCGGGACACUUUGCAGAGCUGCUGCCCAUUGCCUGUCCGGAUCCAGGAGAUCGUGGUGGAGACGCCUGCCUUGGCUGCUGAGCGGGAGAGGAGCAUAGCAUCACCUAACUCCCCGGCACCCCCGCUCUCCAUGCUGCGUAUCAAGUCUGAGAACGGAGAGCAGGCCUUCCUACUGAUGAUGCGGCCUGAGGACACUGUGGGCGACGUCCGUGCCCUGCUAGCGCAGGCCAGGGCCGUGGAUGCUGCUGCCUUUGAGAUCUUCAGCACAUUCCCAUCCACAGUCUACCAUGAUGAUGCACUCACACUGCAGGCUGCAGGCCUGGUGCCCAAUGCGGCGCUGUUGCUGCGGGCACGACGGGCCCCGCAGUCCAGCCCCAGCUUUGGAUCUGGUCCCCAUCCUGGCCCCAGCCCCAAAUAAAGUGCCCGUCCCUGACACCA